GUAAGAGUAGUUGAAGUAAUGGAAGUGUUGCGCUCAAAUAAUUCUACAUGUAUUGAAAUUGCGCAGUUUGUAGAGUUUGAUGUAAAAGUCACAGUAAAAACAGGCUCGGAGAAGAAGUCAAAACAAAAUGUAAAUAACAACAAGUUGAAAGUAAUCAGGGAAUGUAUACUACGCCUACUCAAUUCAACGCUAUCUUCAAAACCAAUCUUUUGUGUUGAUUUACAGAAUGAAGAUGGCAUUGCUGGAUUGCAAUGGAAGAAACACUUUUCAUCUAAGCUUAAUGUUCUCAUAGCACAGAACAAAGCAGUAGAUGCAAUCAAAAGAAACUGUCAAGCUUCAGAUUUUCUGUGGUCUGAAUUUAAUUUUUCAUUUGAAAGACAACCCGGUGAUGUUGAGCUGAAGCAGAAAGACGAUGAAGUUCACAUUUGUCAGUGCCAACCAAAUGUUCUAUUACAUCUGGAAGCCUUUGAUUUCAUAUUUCUUCAACCAGAAGGUCAUGUGACAAAUUACUUUGAUUCUGUGUUUAGUAAUUUACGCAACGAUGGUUUGUUGUGUCUGACAUCAUCAGACAUUUCUAUUCAGUUUACGAGGACAGCUAACGUGAUAAGGCGUUAUUGUCAUGCCCAUGUGAUGAAGGUGGACUACAUGAGGGAGAUGGCUGUUAGAGUUAUCAUUGCUUGUGCUGUCAGAUCAGCCUCUAGAUGUAACAAAGGACUGGAUGUUUUACUGACAGCCUGCAUAGAGGACACUUUUUUGAUUGUAUUGAGGGUAUGCAGAGGACCACAAAAUGCUGACAAAAGCCUGGAUCAGAUUAAAGAACAACUGCAUUGUCAGAUUUGUGAGGAGCGAUGUUUUCUUCCUGGUGGUCUUACACCAGUAGAAAAUCCAUACAGCUUAUUGCCAUGUUCCUGUCAUGAAGAGGUACCGGGAAGAACAGCUGUUGUACUGGGACCAAUGUGGUCAGGAAAAAUAUUUGAUUCCACUUUCAUCUCAAAUUUACUGAAGCCAUCAGAUGAGUUACCAGUAUUAAGUGAACAAUUAAAGAAAGUUCUGCUGACAAUCCAGGAAGAAGCUAUCUGUUCUUAUUCUGAUUUCUCUGACACUUUACUCUGCGAUACAGAUGAACCAGUCUCCAAAAAGCCAAAAAUAGGUGUCUCAAAAGACACUAGUAUAGUCCAUCCUCCAUUUUACAUCAACCUACAUAAAAGGAGAUUCAAAGAUGUUGUCAUUCCAAAGAUGAGAAAACUGCUGAGCUUUUUGAGAUCAGAAGGAUACAGAGCGAGUAGAACUCAUUUUGAUCCUAAGAGUGUCAGAACCAAUGCAAAUCUGACUCAGUUCCACAACGUUUUAUUAAAACACUGCAAGAAAAACAAGCAAUAAAUUGUAUGCAGAUAAUGUUGUGUCUGUCUCAUAACAUUUUCCAUCACACACAAUUGAAAAUGUUUCAUGCAUAAUUUUUCAUUUUAUAUGCAUAUCAGCAACAUUUUUUCUACUUUCAAUAAAAUUUGAAUAAAACUUGUAAUA